CCAGCCCCAGCCCGGGCCCGGCCUCCGCGCCUGCGCCCAGUCCCUGUGGCCGCGCCUUAGCGGCGGCGCGCGCGCUGGCCUGGAGGCCGACUUGGAGGCCCGUGUGGAGGCCCAGCUGGCCCGGCAGGCAUUGCGCGGGUAACAUGGCGGCGCCCGGCGAGCGGAGUCGCUCCUCCGGCGGGAGCCUCUUCUCCUUCCUGCCCGGCGGCGCGCGCUCCGAGGUGACGGACGACCUGGUGACGGACGCGCGCGGCCGGGGCGCGGGGCGGAGAGACGCCGCAGCCUCGGCCCCGACCCCAGCCCAGGCGCCGACCGAUUCUGAGGUCGCCAAGGAUACCUCCCAGAGGCGGCCCUGCCGGGCCUGCGUGGACUUCAAGACGUGGAUGCGGACGCAGCAGAAGAGGGACAGCAAGUUUAGAGAAGAUUGUCCUCAGGAUCGCGAGGAACUGGGCCGCCACAGCUGGGCUGUCCUCCACACCCUGGCCGCUUACUACCCCGACCUGCCCACCCCAGAACAGCAGCAAGACAUGGCCCAGUUCAUACAUUUAUUCUCUAAGUUUUACCCGUGUGAGGAGUGUGCUGAAGACAUAAGAAAGAGGAUACGCAGGAACCAGCCAGACACACGUACGCGGGCAUGCUUCACCCAGUGGCUGUGCCGCCUGCACAAUGAGGUGAACCGCAAGCUAGGCAAGCCCGACUUCGACUGCUCACAGGUGGAUGAGCGCUGGCGUGACGGCUGGAAGGACGGCUCCUGCGACUAGACGGCGGCCAGCGGGAGCCCAUGGGGCAGCCAGCCAGGGCCUGUGGGCCCCCUGGCUGGAGAAGGACAGAGCACUCAUAAUUAAAGUCCGUCAGAGCCAGAGCCUGUCGUGUCUCAGUUGGGUGGUCCCCAGACACUGCCCAUGGGGUCCUUUUCCUCAGGUUUGGAGUAGAAGUGGAAGUAUCGCUGCAGGGACCCUGAUGGCCUCCUCCUCAGCUGAGGCCCGGUUGGGCUACAGGUGAAGGAGGCAGGAGUAACCCAGACUGGCCCUUCCAUUCAGGAUGUGGCCUCCUGCUCACCCCACACCCUGGUGCCCACUUUCCCACACAGGAAGAUGACAGGCCUGGCUGGGCUCCCCUGUCCUGCCCUGCAAGGCCUGGCCAUUGUCUCCUAACCUGUGUAGCUGGGGACAGCUGCAGUGACUGUAGCCCCAGAGGCUGUAUGCUGUCUGCAUUUCAAGAAAGAGGCCUAGGGGGCGGCCCCGUGGCUGGGCGGUUACGUUCCCACGCUCCGCUUCGGCGGCCCACGGUUUCGCUGGUUCGGAUCCUGGGCACGGACAUGGCACUGCUCAUCAGGCCACGCUGAGGAGGCAUCCCACAUGCCGCAGCUAGAAGGACCCACAAUUAAAAUAUGCAACUAUGUACUGUGGGGAUUUGGGGAGAAAAAGCAGGAAAAAAAUAUUAGCAAGAGUUGUUAGGUCAGGAAAAAACAAAAAAGGAAAGAGGCCUGGGGGCUGAGCUCUGUACCCUGCUCAGUCUCACAGGGAAAGCACAGGCAGGGCUCUUCCCCGAGGGUCCACCUCCCCUGCUGCCCGCCUCCUGUCUAGCAUGUGGCCUUCAAUAGCUGCACUAAUCCGCGGCUUCGUGGGGCUAGCCUCCUCAGAGCUUGAGACCAAAAUAAAGUGCUGGAAAAGUGACUGAG